AUGCUUCCUCGACGCGGCAACAUUGGACGUCGUCGGGGCAGUAGUCGCGGUCGGGGCAGCAGUGGCCGUCAGAGGUCCACUCCUGUCCCACCACAAGACACCUUGUCUGCCUUUGCCAUUCACUUGAGUCCUCAAGCUCGCCACCCACACCGUAUUCCCGCCCCAAGUCAAGCAAGUGCUAGAACACACCCCCGAGGCCAAUCGAACACCAUUGGAGCAAUGCGUUCCCCCGAGACUUCUUCCAGCCAGCAGCACUCCGCGGCCGCUACUACGACCUUUGGUACCGAUGCGCCGCCCACUGUGCACUCUGACAACACCCCAACCAGCGCGUUUGACCUCUCCCACUCGCCUUCGUCUGACUCCAAGGAGGAGAAAGAGCAGGCUACGGAGGGCAAGGAUGCGGAUGGUGACCGUGCCGGCAAUCACGGCCACCGCAAUGACGGAGACACUCUUCAGCCGCGGUCCAUUGACGACUACCUGUCCGUUGACGACUACCUGUCCGUUGACGACUACCUGUCCGUUGACGACUGGAUUAGACAUAUCCAAUCGAUCCCCGACUGGGCCAUGGAGUGGGACGGCGGUCGUCGCCGUACUGCACGCCGGGGCCGACCAUUUCGCCCAUGA